AUGCAAGCUUAUAAAUGGAUUUUUGAUUCACGUGAUGAAUAUACAAAAGAACGAUUAGAACAAUUUCGUGAUCCAUUUACAUUGUAUCGUUGUCAUACAAUUAUGAAUUGUACGGAAGCCUGUCCAAAGGGUUUAAAUCCAGGAAAAGCUAUUGGUGAAUUAAAAGGCUUAUUAGCUAAUAUUGCAACUAUGUCAUCGAAAAACACGUCAACUGUUGGUAUCGACUAUAAAUAA